AUGGCUUCCCGGGAGCGCCUCUGCGAGCUCUGGAUGCUUUACUUCGCCAAGAAGGACGUGUCGUACCUGCAGCAGUGGCUGGAGAACUUCGUCAUGAGCUUCGAGAGGGUCAUCGCCCUGCCCUCGCUGGAGCCCCGCAGGCCGGAGGAGGCGGUGUCAGAGAUCCCGGUGCUCCCUCGGGAAGUGCUCCAGGUGCUGAUCCAGAGGCUGGGCCAGAGCGUGGCCCUGAUCCCGCGGGAGGAGGGCGGGGGGGCCGGGCUGGGCCAGCCCUGCUGCUCCUCAAGUUCUUCAGCAUCAUCUGCAGGAACCCGGAGAACAUCCAGGGGACAAAACUCCGGGGUUCCUGGCCGAGGUGCUGAGGCUGCUGCGGGUCUGCGGGGCCAAGCUGCGGGAUGUCCCCGGGAGGAGCGGGCGCGGGAGCAGCUGGAGAGCGGGAUCCUGCACGCGCUGCUCCUCUGCGAGGGCUUCUUCGACCCGCACCAGACCUGGCGGCGGCAGCUCCGCGGGGAAUUCAUCAGCUCCAAGGAGAAGAGUAAAUACAAGUUCACCCCCGCCCCUUUGCCCCCCGAGUUCGGCGCCUUCUUCCAAGAGAGUUUCCAAGCAGGAAAAGAGCUCCCUGAGACACUCCAGCUCCGACUGCUCCAUCUUUUCGGAGCCAUCCUCUCCGGCUCCAAGCCCAACGCGCUCCGGGCGGUCACGCCGGGGGCCGUGGAGGUGCUGCUGGGGGUGCUGCAGCGGGGCGGGACCGGGAAUGCCCCCGGAAUGCUGGAGGCCACGCUGCGCUCCCUGGUGUCCGUGGUCCACGUCCUGCACGGCUCCAGCCCCGGCUCCGGCCCCGUGUCCCUGCGGCUCCUCCUGGACGGAUAUUUCAGGGUCCUCAACUCCCACCUCCCCGCGGCGCCGGAGGCGACCGGGGGCCUCCUGGACCUGCGGGUGCUCAUGCUGGACGCCAUCCCGGCCAUGCUGAGCUGCGAGGACCGGCCGGUGCUCCAGGCCACCUUCCUGAGCAACAACUGCUUCGAGCACAUCAUCCGCCUGCUCCAGAACAGCACGCUCUACCUCGGCAGCUCACAGGAGGCGGGCGAAUCCCGGGGCGAGGUUCCCACACGGAGCAGGGAUGGCCUGCAGCAGGGCGGUGCCGGCGGCUCCGACGCCAUCGCGGUCCACGCCCUCGGCGUGCUCACGGCCAUCAUGAGCAACUCGCCCUCGGCCAAGGAGGUGUUCAAGGAGCGCAUCGGCUACACCCACCUCUACGAGGUGCUGAGGAGCCAAGGGCAGCCCACCCAGCGCCUGCUCCAGGAGCUCCUCAACAUGGCGGUGGAGGGCGACCACAGCUCCUUCCCGGUGCGUCCCAUCCGCAACGAGCAGCCCCUGCUGAUCCUGCUGGCCUGGCUGCCGGCGCUGGAAUGCCGGGAUCUCCAGGUCUUCCUGUCGGGGUGGCUGCGGCGGCUCUGCGAGGCCUCCCUGCCCAGCCGCCUCACGUGCGUCAAGGCCGGCAUGGUGGGCUCCCUGCUGGGCGCCCUGGGCACCGAGCCGGCGCUGCCCACUGCCUGCUCCCAGAACCUGCUGGAGCUGCUCCGGGCGCUGGGCAGCCUGUCCAUCCGGCCCGGGGAGCUGCGGCAGCUGCUGCGGCUGCUGCGGCACGAGCGGGGCCGGGGGCCUCAUCCCUACGUGUGUCCCGUCAUCCGGGCGCUCUCGGGCAUGGCCAGGGCGGAGGGGCCCCCCCGGGCACUGCAGAGCUUCGACCUGAGCCCGGGCAUGGCCGGCAUCAUGGUGCCCACCAUCCAGAAGUGGCCCGGAGGGGCCUUCGCCUUCCACGCCUGGGUGUGCCUGAGUGAGGAGGAGCCGGAGCCGCCGGCGAGGCCGAAGAGGAGGCAGCUCUACAGCUUCUUCACGGCCGGGGGGACGGGCUUCGAGGCGUUCUUCACCGCCGGCGGCGUGCUGGUGGUGGCCGUCUGCACCAAGAAGGACUACAUGACCGUGGCCUUGCCGGAGUUUGCCUUCAACGACUCGGCUUGGCACUGUGUGGACAUCGUGCACGUCGCCGGGCGCCGGCCCUUCGGCCAGAACGUCGUCAGCGUCUACGCCGACGGGCACCUGCGGAAGACGGCGCAGCUCCGCUUCCCCUCCCUCCACGAGUCCUUCACCUCCUGCUGCAUCGGCUCCGCGGGGCACCGGACCACCACCACAGCUGCCACGGCCACCAGCCACCCGCCGGCACCCCACGGCCCAGAGCUAGUCUUCCCCUCGCACCCUGUGCUGGGACGCUCCCAGUCUGUCCCUGCCACCCUCGGCCCCCACUCUUGGACCCCCACUCAGCUGCCCACGGAGGGGGUGGUGGCCACCACGGCGGCCGGGAGCCAGGACAUGGAGUGGGGCAGCCCCACCUCCCUGGAGGGUCACCUGGGCUCCGUGGCCAUCUUCUGUGAGGCUCUGCAGCAGGCCCAGGUCAAGGCUCUGUUCUGUACAGGCCCAAAUGUCAUGUCACCAUUUACACUGGAAGGGGACCUGGUGGAGCUGAGCAGCAAACUCCUGCUGUACUACACCCCCCAGGCCUGCAGGAACAACAUCUGCCUGGACCUCUCUCCCAGCCACGGCCUGGACGGGAGGCUGACGGGGCACAAGGUGGUCAACUGGGACGUCAAGGACGUGGUCAACUGCGUGGGUGGGAUGGGAGUGCUCCUGCCCCUGCUCGAGCAAGUGGUGUCCAAGAAGGAGGAGCCCGAGGACGAGGAGGAGACCAAUGACUUGGUGGGGCCAGAGCUGACGUCCUCCAGGAACGCCCAGGGCAUGCUCAUCCCACUGGGAAAGUCCUCAGAGAACAGGCUGGAGAGGAACAGCGUGGCCGCCUUCCUGCUGCUGGUGAAGAACUUCAUCCAGCACCACCCCGUGAACCAGGAGAGCCUGGUGCAGUGCCACGGGCCGGCCAUCAUUGGGGCACUGCUGCAGAAGGUCUCCGGCGCUCUGCUGGACAUGAGCACGCUGGUGGCCUCGCAGAUCCUCAUGGAGCAGGUGGCCUCCGAGGGCAGUGGGCUCCUGCUGCACCUCCUGUACCAGCACCUCCUCUUCGACUUCCGCAUCUGGAGCAACAGCGACUUCGCCGUGCGCUUAGGCCACAUCCAGUACCUGGCCAACGUGGUCAAGGACCACAAGCAGCGCAUCCGUAAGAAGUACGGGGUGCAGUAUGUCCUCGACUCCAUCCGGACCUACUACGGCACCUCCAGGGAGAAGACCACGGCCACAGAUGACAUCAAGACAGUGCAGACAUCCCUCUUCAGCCUGGUGAAGGAUUUCUUCUGCCGGAGCUUCUCCGUGGAGGAGAUGCAGAGCUUGCUGAGCUACCUGGCUGGGGCCCAGGACGAGCAGCAGGUGUGUGGGGCGCUGGAGGUGAUCCACAGCCUGCUGAAGGGCUCACCUGCCCAGGAGCAGCUCUUCGCCUUCCUCUUCGAGCCGGGCCAGGUGGAGGUUCUCUUCUCACUGCUGGUGCAGAAGAAGUUCUCGGAUGAAGUGCGGGAGAGGGUCUUCAAGAUCCUCUACAAGAUGCUGAAGUACGAGAAAGUCCCUGAGCGCAGCAAGAACCGCCUGAAGCUGAAGGACAUUGGGUACCACGGGCUCAUCUCCUACCUCAGUGAUGUCCCCAGCUCCAUGCUGCUCUUCCGCUGCCUCUCCGAGCAGGUCCUCGGGGCAGACCCUCCCAACUACAAGGACCUGGUGGCCGUGGUUUACCUGUCCCACCGGGCCGAGCUGACCAUCCGGCUCGACCUCUGCCGCAAGCUCUUCCACCUGAUCUACGCCCAGCAGGACCUGGUGAGGCAGCUGGCCAGGCUGGCUGGCUGGCAGGACACCCUCACCAAGCUCUACGUCCGGGAGCCUCGGACCAGGAGCUCUCCGAGGGCUUCUCUGACCACUCCAUCUCCCCGAGCGGCCGCACCAAGUCCUUCCACUCCUACAACUUCAAGUCUUUCGACUCCUCCGACCGGGCCAGUCGCUCGUCCUCCAACCCCGGCGACGGCCCCCCUCGACGGCGUCUACCACCCGCUGUCGCCCUUCUCCACCUCCCCCUUUGACCUGGGGCUCGACCUGGCCAGCACCAGCUCCGUGGCCACGGCCGAGAGCGGUGCCCAGACCCCCGGCAGCGGCCCCGGCACCCCGUCCCCCCUGGAGAGCUUCAAGCCCUUCCCGGGAAUGCGGGCGCGGAAGAGCUCCAGCCUGUCCAACGUCCUGGACGAGAGCAGCUACCAGGACGUGCUGCCCAGCGACAACGUCUCCAACACCAGCAACCCCCAGCAAACCCCCGAGGAGGAGCUGUGCAACCUCCUGACCAACAUCAUCUUCUCGGUGACGUGGCGCGGGGUGGAGGGCUGGGACGACGCGGCCUGGCGGGAGCGGGGCCAGGUCUUCUCGGUGCUCACCAAGCUGGGCUCGGCCUGCGAGCUGGUGCGGCCCCCGGACGAGAUCAAGCGCAGCCUCCUGGAGAUGAUGCUGGAGUCGGCGCUGACCGACCUGAAGGAGUCGGGGCCGGGGGCCCUGCCCGGCCUCACCCACAACGCCCUCAAGCUGCUCCGGCUGCUCCAGGACUUCCUCUUCUCCGAGGGGCACAACAACCAGGCCCUGUGGAGCGAGAAGAUCUACGAGGGGGUGAACAGCCUGCUGGACAAGCUGGGCGUGUGGUACCACCUGGCCAACGGCACCUCCGACCUCAGGGAGAUGGCCCAGGCGGGGCUGCGAGUCCUCGUGGGCUACAUCCUGCUGCAGGACCCCCAGCUGCACUCCCUGGCCUACGUGAAGCUGCACAGCCUCCUGCAGACGUCCUCAGCUCCCAGGAAGGACGAGGCCUGUUACCUCCUGGGGAAGCUGGAGACCCCCCUGCGGCGCUCGCUGGAGGCCAAGUCGGAGACGUUCUCCUGGCUGGUGCCCAUCAUCCGCACGCUCAUGGACCAGUGCUACGAGACCCUGCAGCUGCAGCUCUUCCUGCCCUCCCUGCCCCCCACCAACGGCAGCCCCACCUUCUACGAGGACUUCCAGCUCUUCUGCACCACCCCGGAGUGGAGGGGCUUCAUCGAGAAGCACGUGCAGCCCACCAUGGCCCAGUUUGAGAUGGACACCUUUGCCAGGAGCCACGACCACAUGUCCAACUUCUGGAACGCCUGUUACGAUGCCAUGAUGAGCAGCGCCCAGCGGCGGGAGCAGGAGAAGGCGGCCAGCCGCAAGAUGUUCCAGGAGCUGGUGCUGGAGCCGGUGGCCAAGCGCUCCAAGGCGGAGAACGCCCGGCACAGCAACGUCCUCAAGCAGGCCAACAACCACCAGAGCACGGUGCUGAAGCAGUGGAGGUCCCUGUGCCGCCUGCUCACCUCGCCCCGCUCCGCCUGGGCCGACCGGAACCCGCCGGAGGUUCGCUGGAAGCUGUCAAGCGCCGAGACCUACUCAAGGAUGAGGCUGAAGCUGGUACCCAACCUCAAUUUCGACCAGCACUUGGAGGCCAGCGCCCUGCGGGACAACCUGGGAGCCGAGCACCUCCAAACCCCCACUGAGCCCCUCCCGCUCGCCAUGGCCAAGGAGGCCAAGGUGAGCGAGCUGGAGGACGACCAGCUGGCCGAGGAGGACCUGCCCGUGCUGGACACGCAGGCCGAGCCCAAGGAGCAGAGCCAGCGGGAGAAGCUGGUGGUGUCGGAGGACUGCGAGCUCAUCACCACGGUGGCCGUGGUGCCCGGGCGCCUGGAGGUGACCACCCAGCACGUCUACUUCUAUGAUGGCAGCAGCGACAAGGAGGAGACGGAGGGAGGGAUUGGCUACGACUUCAAGCGCCCGCUGUCCCACCUGCGCGAGGUCCACCUGCGCCGCUACAACCUGCGCCGCUCCGCCCUCGAGCUCUUCUUCAUCGACCAGGCCAACUACUUCCUCAACUUCAGAAAGAAGGUGAGGAACAAGGUGUACUCCUGCAUCCUCGGCCUGCGGCCCCCCAACCAGAUCUACUUCGGCAGCCGCUCGCCCCAGGAGCUGCUCAAAGCCUCGGGGCUCACACAGAAAUGGGUCCUGCGGGAGAUCUCCAACUUCGAGUACCUCAUGCAGCUGAACACGAUCGCGGGGCGCACCUACAACGACCUGUCCCAGUACCCCGUGUUCCCCUGGAUCCUGCGGGAUUACGUCUCGGAGACCCUGGACCUCUCCAACCCGGCCGUGUUCCGGGACCUGUCCAAGCCCAUCGGGGUGGCCAACGAGCGGCACGCCCGGGACGUGAAGGAGAAGUACGAGAGCUUCGAGGACCCCACGGGCACCGUGGACAAGUUCCACUACGGCACCCACUACUCCAACGCGGCCGGAGUGAUGCACUACCUGAUCCGCACCGAGCCCUUCACCACCCUCCACAUCCAGCUGCAGAGCGGCAGGUUUGACUGCUCGGACCGGCAGUUCCACUCGGUGCCGGCGGCGUGGCAGGCGCGCAUGGAGAACCCCGUGGAUGUCAAGGAGCUCAUCCCCGAGUUCUUCUACUUCCCGGAGUUCCUGGAGAACCAGAACGGCUUCGACCUGGGCUGUCUCCAGCUCUCCAACGAGAAGGUGGGCGACGUGGUGCUGCCGCGGUGGGCGCGGUCCCGCGAGGACUUCAUCCACCAGCACCGCAAAGCCCUGGAGUCAGAGUAUGUCUCAGCCCACCUCCACGAGUGGAUCGACCUCAUCUUCGGGUACAAGCAGCGAGGCCCGGCCGCCGUGGAGGCCCUCAAUGUCUUCUACUACUGCACCUACGAGGGGGCCGUGGACCUGGACGCCAUCGCCGACGAGACGCAGCGGAAGGCCCUGGAGGGCAUCAUCAGCAACUUCGGGCAGACGCCCUGCCAGCUGCUCAAGGAGCCCCACCCCGCCCGGCUGUCGGCAGAGAGCGCUGCCCAGAGGCUGGCCCGCCUCGACACCCGCUCCCCCAACGUCUUCGAGCACCUGGACCAGCUCAAAUCCUUCUUUGUGGAGGGCAUCAGUGACGGGGUGGCCCUGGUGCAGGCCGUGGUCCCCAAGAACCAGGCGCAUUCCUUCAUCACUCAGGGAUCCCCCGACGUCCUGGUCACCGUGAGCGCCAACGGCUUGUUGGGGACCCACAACUGGCUGCCCUACGACAAGAACAUCUCCAACUACUUCAGCUUCACCAAAGACCCCACCGUGUCCAACGCCAAGACGCAGCGGUUCCUGCAGGGCCCCUUCGCCCCCGGCGCGGAUCUCAGCUCCCGCACGCUGGCCGUGUCUCCCGACGGGAAGCUGCUCUUCAGCGGGGGACACUGGGACAACAGCCUGAGGGUCACCUCACUGGCCAAGGGCAAGGUGGUGGGGCACAUCACCCGCCACAUAGAUGUUGUCACCUGCCUGGCUCUCGACCUCUGCGGCAUCUACCUCAUCUCUGGAUCCCGGGACACCACCUGCAUGGUGUGGCAGGUCCUGCAGCAGGGUGGGUUUUCCAGCGGCUUGGCUCCCAAACCUGUGCAGGUCCUGUACGGCCACGACGCCGAGGUGACGUGCGUGGCCAUCAGCACCGAGCUGGACAUGGCGGUGUCGGGCUCCAAGGACGGCACCAUCAUCACGCACACCGUGCGCCGGGGGCUCUUCAUCCGCUCGCUGCGGCCGCCGGGCGAGAGCUGCGUCCCCGCCGUGCUGUCCCAGCUGGCCGUGGGCCCCGAGGGGCAGGUGGUGGCCCAGAGCACUGCGAGCCAGCGGCCCUGCCUGAAGGACAGGUUUGCGCUCCACCUGUACUCCGUGAACGGGAAGCUCCUGGCGUCCGUGCCCCUGGAGCAGGAGGUGACGGCCAUGUGCCUCACCGAGGACUUCGUGGUGCUGGGGACCACCCAGUGCGGGCUGGAGAUCCGGGAGCUCCAGAGCCUCAGGGCGGCCGUGCCCCCCGUGCCCAUGAGGGUGCCCGUGCACAGCGUGUCCGUCACCAAGGAGAAGAGUCACAUCCUGGUGGGGCUGGAGGAUGGAAAACUCAUCGUGGUGGGCGCUGGGCAGCCCGCUGAGGUGCGUCCGGGCCAGUUCCACCGGCGGCUGUGGCGUUCCACGCGGCGCAUCUCCCAGGUGUCGGCCGGAGAGACGGAAUACAACCCCUCCGAGGGCCGGGCCUAGGCUGGGACUAACCCCUCCAGGAGCCAGGCCUAGGCUGGGAUUAACCCCUCUGAGGGCCGGGCCUAGGCUGGGAUAAACCCCUCCCAGGGGCCGGACCCAGGCUGGGAUUAACGCUUCUGGGAGCCGGACCUAGGCUGGGAUAAAUCCCUCUGGGAGCUGGGCCUAGAGUGGGAUAAACCCCUCCAAGGGCCGGGCCUAGAAUGGGAUAAACCCCCCCAGGGGGCCCUGCGCCCCCGGCACAGAGAGGGGGCACCCCUUGGACCAAGGGGGGGUCCAGGGGCUGAGGGGGGACCCCUGGGCCCGAGGGGGUGCAGAGCCCCCCGCUCCGCCCGCCAUCCGUGGCCUUAUCCCUCCCCGCUGGGGUAUCCAGCCCCCCCAGUUUUUUGGGAAUGUAUCCCCCCUUCCCAGGCGGGGGUGGGGGGGCGGGAGGAGGUGGGGACCCCUCGCUGGGCAGGGGGUGCCGUGGCCCCCCCGCCGUGCCCGCUGGCCAGGAGUGCGCGUGUGUGUGUCCCCCCCACCACCCUAUUUUUUAUUUCUAUGCCUUUUUAGAUCUUUUACAGACAAAGAUUAUUAUUAAUAUUAAUAAUUAUAAUAAUAUAUCUGUGGGAAAUCGG